UUCAUUCGCAACGGUCGUGGUUUUCCAUCUUUUCUCCUUCGAUUGAUUUGCAGUUGGCACGAGCCUCUUGGCAUUGUUGUGUGCGCGGUGUUUCGUACGGAGGCGGCUUUUAUUGUACGGUGAAUUCAAACGUACACUUAUCCGAAUGCGCGAAGGUGUGCGUGGUGCGGUGGCUCUCUCUUGGGCGCCGUGUUUUGAUUGUGUGGCUUAAAUUUUGGAAUUCCUGUUAGGAACCAAGUGUGUUAGUUUCAGGUUCAGCCGAAUGGGCAGCGGUUGUGUGGCUUAAUCGGGCGGUGGUUAUUUUUCUGAUGUUUACGAUCGUGUUGUGAUUUUUGGGUGUCGUUUCAAUAUGUGCUUUUUUGUAAUUGCUAAAUGAGCAAAGUGGUGAACGUUUAACCUUUUGUGCAAGUGACCAGAAAUUGAAUGCUAGGAAUUGGAUAAAUUGAAGUGAUUCAAAGGGUGGGUCCCUCACGGGCCAACGAAGCGUGGAUUACUCGGUCCAACUUGGACCACAAAAGCACACUAACACAAACAGCGAGCAAUCCAAAAUAGGCCCGCCUACAGCAUGACCUACCGGCGACAUCCGACUUGGUCGGGUGUGCUUCCCCUUCUGCUGCUAAGCUUUCCGGCGCUCUUGACGUGGGCACAGCAGCAGCCCAACUCGAACGAUGUCCCCCGGUAUAAUCCGCUCGAUCCGUUCAACCGACAACGUCCCAAUCCUACCUCAAGCAGUGCAACACAGCAACCACAAACCAGCAACCCACGAAAUCCAAACUUUAAUCGCGACUUCUACGGCACCAGUAACCUCGACACGAACAAUAUUGACAAUCGGUUCGAUCCGAACAAUGGCAGAGACCGAGAUCGGGAUGUGCUAAUCCAAUCCAGCACCCCGUGGGACUACAACAACCCGAACCGAUUCCAGACAACACAGCGACCGCGCGUUAGUUUCAAUCCUUUGGCCAGCCGGAAGUCGUUCCUCGAUUCUUUCAACAACAAUGCACUUAGCAAAGAAAUCACUUACUUUGUGGUCGCGUCGCGAAUGGUUCGUCCGGGUCAGAUCUACAAGGUGUCCGUAAAUCUGCUCGAGGCCCAACAUCCAAUGGCGAUUCGCGCUAGUAUUUCACGGGAUGGAGUAGAGAUGAGUAACGAGCUCAAAUCGGUCCGUGUUGGUACUCCGGAAACUCUGUUGAUGAGAAUUCCACCAACCAGUGUUGUUGGUGAUUAUAAGCUGCGCGUGGAAGGAUUCUACGAAAACACUUUCGGUGGAUACGUGUUUGUGAAUGAAACGAAACUGACGUUCUCUCAACGAUCGAUGACGGUUUUCGUUCAGACGGAUAAACCGGUUUACAUGCAGGGUGAGAUGGUGCGGUUCAGAACGAUUCCCAUUACAACGGAGCUCAAAGGGUUCGAUAACGCAAUCGAUGUGUAUAUGGUGGAUCCAUCCGGACAUAUUACCAGGCGUUGGUUGUCUCGGCAGUCGAAUCUCGGAUCCGUCAGCUUGGAGUACAAACUGUCGGAUCAACCUAUAUACGGAGCGUGGAAAAUUCGAGUAAUAGCACAGGGACAGGUCGAAGAAGCGACAUUCAACGUGGAGGAGUACUAUCAAACACGGUUCGAGGUAAACGUAACGAUGCCGACUUUCUUUUUCCAAACGGACCCUUACGUCUACGGGAAGAUCAUGGCGAAUUUCACCAACGGGACCCCUGUUAAGGGCAAUCUUACGCUGAAGGCAACUAUAAGACCGAUCGGUUGGUUGAAUCCCAAGGCUAUAAAUCAUAUGAACAGAUUGUGGAACACUGGGAAUCGCAGGGAGUUUGACCCAAAUAUUCCGUACUAUACACAAAAUGCGAAUCCCGAUUUGUAUAACGCACAAAAUACUUUCACUAGCCAGUUUGGGCAAGAAACCCAAACCGAUCAGCAACGCUAUGCAUCCAACACAUACCAGGACUCGUACGUUGUCGAACGGCACUUUAACUUCGACGAAGCAUGGCCAUUUUGGUUGAAAAAACCCGUGGAUACUGAUGCUCAGUGGGACUCCUGGACAAACACAUACCGAGAGAGUCUACCGUACCUGAGGUUCUUCAACGGAACGUACCAUUUCCGAUUUCCGAUGUCCGAGCUUUCCCAACUCUUCCAAAACAGUAUGGCUGGUAUGGAAGUGCUCAUCACGGCACGUGUCGGGGAGCGUUUCUACGAUGAAAUCAUCGAAGGGUAUGCCAUGGCACGGAUCUACAAUUCCUCGAUCAAGAUAGCUUUCCUUGGAAACUCCCCGCAGGUGUUUAAGCCGUCAAUGCCAUUCUCGGUCUACCUGAUCGCGGAAUAUCACGAUGGAUCGAAGCUGCCGAUAGACCCAUCCUAUCCGGGUCGAAUGGAGGUUUCGGGAACGAUCGAUAGUCGUAGCGGGGGUGGUGGCCGCAAUUCGUUCGAGUCCAGGGAGCUGCAGAUGACCGAUAAGCCUGGCGUGUGGGAACUGAAGAUAGAUCUGCGUAAUGAUUUGAACCUGGAAAACACAAAGCAAACCAACGAGUUCCUCAAUGAAAUCCAGUCGAUGAGGCUGACCGCAAGCUACAUCCAUCCUUCCGGAGAACGUGCCAACGCGGAGCUGUUGAUGUUGUCCCAUUUCUCACCGAAUAACCAUAACAUCAAAGUUACAACGAGCACGAGAGACGGCAAAGUAGGAGAAUAUAUGGUUUUCCAUGUGCAAAGUAAUUUCUACAUCAAGGACUACCAUUACGUGGUCAUGUCAAAAGGUAUCGUUUUGAUCACUGGGCGGGAGAUUAUGUCCGGGGGAGUUCGAACGAUGUCGGUCGCAUUGAGCGCGGAAAUGGCACCUGCGGCCACGAUCGUAGUGUGGCACAUUGGCCGGUAUGGGAAGGUGAUUGCGGACAGCUUAACGUAUCCGGUGAACGGCAUUUCAAGAAACAAUUUCACAGUGCACAUCAAUAAUCGUAAAGCCCGAACCGGAGAGAAGGUUGAGGUUGCCAUUUAUGGCGAGGCCGGAGCGUACGUCGGGUUGUCCGGAAUUGAUAACGCCUUCUACACGAUGCAAGCCGGUAACGAGCUGAACUAUGCGAACGUGAUCACGAGAAUGGCAACAUUCGAUGAACCAACCAAUGGAACGUUCAAGCAGACAUGGAUUUCCCACCAAGGGGAUCCCGAUGAGCUGGUGUACUAUCCUAGCUCGACGUUCGGAAUCGACGCGAACAGAACAUUCGCGUAUGUUGGGUUGGUCGUGUUUACGGAUGGAAUUGUGCCGAUGCGUCCGAUGGCGUGUGAUCCGGCGGCGAAUUACAGUGAGUGUUUGAAUGGAAGAUGCUACCGAUCUGACAAACGAUGUGACGGAUACAUUGACUGCGAGGAUGGUACGGAUGAGGCUGGAUGUGACGCUAGAAACAGUUCGGCGCUGGGAGAUUUCCGAAAGUAUCGCUUCAAUAGGAUUUUCCGCCACUAUCGGAACGUUUGGCUGUGGAAAGAUAUCAAUAUAGGUCCCCAUGGGAGGUAUAUCUUCAAUCUGGAGGUUCCCCAGAUUCCAGCACUUUGGAUCGUAUCUGCCUUCGGCGUUAGUCCCAGUCGUGGCUUCGGAAUGUUACGGAAACCAAUGGAAUACGUUGGUGUGCAACCAUUUUUCAUCAAUCUCGAGAUGCCUUCGGUUUGUCGGCAAGGCGAACAGGUCGGAAUACGUGUUGCGGUGUUCAACUACCAGACAGUUGACGUUGAGGCAACGGUGGUGUUACAUAGUUCUCCGGAUUAUAAAUUCGUACAUGUGGAGGAAGAUGGAAUUGUUCGAUCGUACAAUCCCAGAACGUCCUUUGGAGAGCAUCAGUUCUAUAUAUACCUGGCUGCGCAAGAUUCCACCAACGUUUAUCUCCCUAUCGUACCAACUCGCUUGGGGGAGAUAGAAGUCACGAUCCACGCAUCGACCCUUCUGGGAGCAUCACAGAUCAGCCGCAAAAUCCGAGUCGAACCCGAUGGUCUUCCACAGCAUCGUCAUCAGUCGAUUUUGCUCGAUCUCAGUAACCGGGCUUACUUCUUCCAAUACAUGCACGUAAAUGUAACGGAAACCCCCAUCAUACCGUACGAAAUCGAACGUUACUAUGUAUUCGGUUCGAACAAAGCCAAGAUUUCCGUUGUUGGUGAUGUCGUUGGUGCGAUUUUCCCCAGCAUGCCGGUCAAUGCCACCUCGCUUCUUUCGCUACCGAUGGAUUCCGCGGAACAAAAUAUGUUCAGUUUUUCGGCCAACUUCUACACAAUCCAGUACAUGCGGGCGAUCAAGCAACGUAACAAGAAAACUGAAAAAUUCGCAUUCCAUUACAUGAACAUUGGUUACCAGAAACAGCUCAGCUACCUCAAUAGAGACGGAUCCUUCUCUCUGUUCCGAUCGGACUGGAAUCAGUCCGCUUCUUCGGUGUGGCUCACAGCUUAUUGUGCGCGAAUAUUCUCGGAGGCGUCUUUCUACGAAUACGAAAACUUCAUCUACAUCGAUCCGUUGGUGAUCCAGAAAAACAUUCACUACUUGCUGAAACACCAGAAGGAGGAUGGCUCCUUCUGGGAAGUCACGUGGUUGCCUGACCGCAAAGCGAACCAAUCUUCGCAGGAUCCGCGCAAUGAAAUUAUCCGCUCGAAAAACAUAACCCUAACGGCACACGUUUUGAUCACGCUAUCAUCGGUUAAAGAUCUAUCUGGGAGACUGAGUGCGGGAGUAGCUUCAGCCGAGCAAAAGGCUUACAGAUACAUCGAAAGAAACAUUGGCUUGCUUAAGGAGUACGGUUCACCGUAUGAAAUCGCAAUAGUGAGCUUUGCGUUGUCGAAAGCAAAGGCACCUCAAGCCGAGCAUGCGUUCAAGAUUCUAGCUAGUCACAUGAGAACAAUUGCGGACCUUGCGUACUGGGGUAACGAAGAGGUCCCACAGCCACCGAGCAAGUUGGAAAAUCAGAAGUAUUUCAGUUUGCCCAGACUACCGUACAAAUACGAUUCCAUUAAUAUUGAAACAACGGCAUACGCGCUGCUGACCUACGUGUCCCGCCAGGAAAUAUUUGCCGUAGAAGCGAUUGUGCGUUGGUUGAACAGCCAACGUUUAACCGACGGUGGAUGGGCUUCCACCCAGGACACAGGCAUAGUUAUGAAGGCACUCACCGAGUACAGUACGAGAAAUCGAGUUGCGGACGUGACUGCACUAACGCUAACCGUAGAAGCUACCUCAUUGCCAGGAGAAUCCAAAGUGUUGCACAUCGGCAAGCACAAUUUGGCCAGCAUUCAGGGAAUAGAUAUACCAAAUGCUUGGGGAACGGUGAAAGUACAGGCCAAAGGAAUUGGUUAUGCCAUCCUGCAAAUGCACGUAGAAUAUUCGGUCGAUUCGCGCAAAUACCAAACAAUGCCACCCGUGAAGGCCUUUGAUUUGACCACACGAACCAUCUUCCAUGGUAGAAAUCAGUCGCACAUUAGUUACGUCGUGUGUCAGAGAUGGACCAACACUGAGGAAUCGAUUCGCUCCGGUAUGGCCGUGCUGGAUGUGACGGUUCCUACCGGGUAUAUGAUUCAACAGCAAAAACUCGACAGUUAUAUACUCAGCAAACGAGUGCGCAACCUGCAGCGGGCAAUGUACCAGGAACGGAAGGUGUUGUUCUAUUUCGAUUAUCUGGACAAAGACUACGUUUGUGUCAACUUUACUUUGGAGCGCUGGAUGCCAGUUGCGAACAUGUCUAGAUACUUACCCAUCCGAGUAUACGACUAUUAUGCACCGGAACGGUUCAACGAAACGUUGUUCGACUCGCUUCAAACCUAUUUGCUCAAUAUCUGCGAGGUUUGUGGCAGCUCCCAGUGUCCCUACUGCUCGAUUUACAACACCGCCAUCCGAAACCCAAUUCCGACCGUCCUGCUUCUCCUCACCAGUGCUCUCGUCAUCGCUCGCCACUACCGGAUAUUGAAUCCGAACAGCUAUAUUUUUUGGAACGACUAAACGGGAAGCCGGAAUGAGUGUGAAUGUUUGAAAAAAUACUAUGAAUCUGCUAGAGUUAGGAAGCGCCGGAAGGACAGUUUAUUUUUGUCGUUCAAAUGUGUAAAUAAGUGAACUCCACAAAACUCUUAAGUUUCUGCAUGCUCGAAGAUGUAAAAAUGAGUGAAUCAGGCUCAUGUUUAUUUUUUAGAAGACUUACAGAAGAGUGUUUUUUAUAAUUUAAUUUUUCAAAUCGUACGGAAAGUGACAUUGGUCAUUCCGUAGGGUUCCUCCCAUCAGAGACAAUUUGUACAGCUUGGUACAAGCCAACAACAAAGGUAGCAAUAAUAUUACUACACAAACUAGAGAAAAAAAACAGAAACCCAUACCGCGAAGGAUUGCGAGAGGAUCGAAAAACUCUUGAGUGUUCGUUUAAUUAAGUAUUAGGGAACGCAUGGAAUAAUUAUAGUUAUUGUUUUUGAUAUAUUUUUUUAUAGUUAUUGAUAGUGCGAAUUGUAUUCGUUUUGUAGUUCUAGAUUGAAUCUCUCAUGCAACAGAUAUAUCUUCAGGCCGUCCAAACUAUCUGGUCAUUUUUUGAACUAUUUUAAGAAGUUAAUUUUAAUUUUUACUAAACGAACGAUCCGUCGAUGAGAAGAAAAAAAAACAAGAAAAGGAAGAAAUGGCACUCACAAUUUUUUUUUGCCUGAAACUGAAUGUUCUUUUCCGUAAUUUAGGAACUUUAGGCUAGAUGUCGUGAAAUCGACUGUCAAUAAUGCUAAUCUGGCGAACAGUAACGAAAUGAUACAAACUGUCAGGUGCCUUAACCAUGCAAAGAAAAACUGAAAUCUCAGUUCAAUAAAGCGCCAUUGUAAUAGUUA